AGCAGUUUCUUAACUGGCCACACAUUGGCGUCAUGAAAUUGUUUGUGCUUAAGAUAUUAGUUUGGGCGCUAUACGUCUACACGACAAAUGCAGACCCACAACCCAAUCGAGCGCCUCACAAAGUGAAUGUCGUCCGCCAACUUAAAAGCCAGCAAAAUAAAGGCCGCCAUGAAGACGUAAGACACCAUGGCAACGGGCCCCACCACUUCGGAACACCUCCAGGCUUAGGGGGAAAAGUUAAAGACCACGGUUUUGGUCUGCCACCAUCAGGACACCAUCACGAAGAAGGUUUUGGACACCCACCAGCUUUUGGGCCACCACCCGGACCCCCAGGUUUUGGCCACCACCCGCCAGGCCCACCGAACUUUGGACACCACUCACCAGGCUUCGGUCACCAUCCUUCAGGCCCACCAGGUUUUGGACACCACCCACUCGGCCCACCAAGACUUGAGCUACCGUCUUUUCCCAACAAACACCCAGAAGCCACAGAAUUACCGUCGCUGCUCAAUAUUAAUGAUGAAACAUCGAGUUUCAGAUCUGAAAGCGAAUCAGCCAGUAGUUCAUCGGAAUCGGAGAGUGUAACUAAAUCUGGUUCACAGUUCGAAUCUGAAAGUUCGUCUCAGAACUCCGAAUUCAGUUCUUCAUCUGAAAGUUCUUCUUCGCAAAGCCAAUCAGAAAGUCAAUCGGAAAGUUCCAGUCAAUCACAUGCAGAAUCGAGCCAAUCAAAAUCCGAAUCACAUUUCACUGAAUCUGAUAGUUCAGAUUUUUCCCAUGGUGUGGAAUAUCACCCUGAAGGCAUAGACAAGAGUAUCGAUGAAGCGGCUGAUGCGGCUAAAGAGUCUUGGAACAAGGAGACCAAAGUUGAUUCAGAAAUUGUCAACACCGGCGUCGAUGUUAUAUCAGACAUUUUGCGAAACCUCUUUGGAUUUAGAGGACACAACGCGCAUAAACAGAGCGCCGAACUUCUUUACCAGCUCACCGGUCUUCAUGAUGAAAAUGCCGCUUUGCGAUACAUCGGGACAACGGCAGGACUUAAAAGUCGUAGCCAAAUAUACGAGUUUAUACGAAGAAUCCGAGGUUCCAGGGAAUGGAAGUUCGUCACUUCAUUCUUUAUUCAAUUGGAGGGAACAGCCAAUGUUCGAGUUAUCGUCGCAUUAUUGAGAGAAAUGACCAAUGAAAACAAUGUCUUCAAGGCAUACGAAGUUCUGAAACGCCUAACUGGACAUGCCGAUUUUGAUGCAAUCUUCGAGAUAUUGCAGAAGAUUUCUGGGGAAAAGAAUUCCCAUGAAAUCUGCGAUUAUUUCAGACAUGUCGCCCACACCAAAGGUCUUCAAGGAAUCAAGCUGACAAUCCGCAAGCUGACGGGCGGCGUGGGGCCGGCUGAGUUCCCAAAGGUGUUUGAGAACUUGCUCCCUGAAAUUGAUAUGAAAGGAGCGUUCGAUCUACUCAUGUCCGUCACCAGAACUGGAGACAUCGGCGAAGCUAUAAUCACUUUCUGUCAGAUACUGAACAACAAGAGUUUCUCCAAGAGCAUAGUUGUGAUCAAGAAGGCUACGGGUCAAACUCAACUGAAAUAUGCCUUGGAAGAAUUGAUUCAGGAAAUCAACCGAACAAGUUUAAGAGUAAUUGUACAGAACUUAUACCGCAUCACCGGACGCGUCAACUUGGAACAAGUGCAAGACGUUUUCAAGAACGUCUUCGAUGAUGAUAAUAUUGUCAACGUCAUCACCCGUAUCAACAAGGUGACCAGGAGGCGUGACGCGAUUUUCUUCCUAAACUCCUUGUUAGACAUCACCCAGACCAGGGUUCUUGAGGACGCAAGCACUAUCAUCAAGUCAUUAACAACUAGAAAGGAAGCAUCGAUGCUAGAUGUUCUGGACCAAAUUCGAAUUAAAUCCGGUCAUGAGGAUAUAAUCGAUUUCUUCAAGAAACUGUGUUCACACACGGGCACUAAAUCAAUUCAAAAAGCAUGGGACGUUAUCAUCAAAGUUACUAAAAUAACAGACAUUUUCCUGUUUUUCGAGACGGUCUACAAGUACACCAAGGUGGAGAUCAUAGUUUUCAUAGAGACCAUCCUUCGUAUCACCAAUUCUACAAACUUCGCAGCGGCUGCGUUGAAAUUCAACCAAAUGACGCGAACUACGUCUUUCUUCGAAUCCAUCGAGGUCAUCUAUACUAUUGUCAGAAUUGAUAUCAUUAGAUUCUUCGAGCUUUUCAUUACUAUCAGCAAGCGUUUCUAUUUAGAAGAGGUUAUCACAAUUUGCGAGGAGUUUACAGAAACAACUGACUUCGUGGAUGCGUUAUCCAAACUUCGAGAGGCUACAGGAGAAUCUGAUAUACGUAAAGCCAUUGAGUACAUCAAACAGAACAAACCUAGUAAGCUCGGCUCAUCAACUACGCCCGAACCUACAACCACUACAACAACUACACCAGCUCCUACUACUACAACCACUACAACUACACCAGCGCCAACUACCACAACAACAACCACUACUGAAGCGCCAACUACUACAACAACAGAAUCAACUGAAUCUGAAAGCGCUUCUAGUUCACAAUCUGAAUCGGAGAAAUCAGAAGCUGAAUCAAAAUCAGAAAGCGCUUCUAGUUCACAAUCUGAAUCAGAGAAAUCAGAAGCUGAAUCAAAAUCAGAAAGCGCUUCUAGUUCACAAUCUGAAUCGGAGAAAUCAGAAGCUCAAUCAAAAUCAGAAAGCGCUUCUAGUUCACAAUCUGAAUCAGAGAAAUCAGAAGCUGAAUCAAAAUCAGAAAGCGCUUCUAGUUCACAAUCUGAAUCGGAGAAAUCAGAAGCUGAAUCAAAAUCAGAAAGCGCUUCUAGUUCACAAUCUGAAUCGGAGAAAUCAGAAGCUCAAUCAAAAUCAGAAAGCGCUUCUAGUUCACAAUCUGAAUCAGAGAAAUCAGAAGCUGAAUCAAAAUCAGAAAGCGCUUCUAGUUCACAAUCUGAAUCAGAGAAAUCAGAAGCUGAAUCAAAAUCAGAAAGCGCUUCUAGUUCACAAUCUGAAUCGGAGAAAUCAGAAGCUGAAUCAAAAUCAGAAAGCGCUUCUAGUUCACAAUCUGAAUCAGAGAAAUCAGAAGCUGAAUCAAAAUCAGAAAGCGCUUCUAGUUCACAAUCUGAAUCGGAGAAAUCAGAAGCUCAAUCAAAAUCAGAAAGCGCUACUAGUUCGCAAUCUGAAUCGGAGAAAUCAGAAUCUGAAUCAAAAUCAGAAAGCGCUUCUAGUUCACAAUCUGAAUCGGAGAAAUCAGAAGCUGAAUCAAAAUCAGAAAGCGCUACUAGUUCGCAAUCUGAAUCGGAGAAAUCAGAAUCUGAAUCAAAAUCAGAAAGCGCUACUAGUUCGCAAUCUGAAUCGGAGAAAUCAGAAUCUGAAUCAAAAUCAGAAAGCGCUUCUAGUUCACAAUCUGAAUCAGAGAAAUCAGAAGCUGAAUCAAAAUCGGAAAGCGCUUCUAGUUCACAAUCUGAAUCAGAGAAAUCAGAAGCUGAAUCAAAAUCAGAAAGCGCUUCUAGUUCACAAUCUGAAUCAGAGAAAUCAGAAGCUGAAUCAAAAUCAGAAAGCGCUUCUAGUUCACAAUCUGAAUCAGAGAAAUCAGAAGCUGAAUCAAAAUCAGAAAGCGCUUCUAGUUCACAAUCUGAAUCAGAGAAAUCAGAAGCUGAAUCAAAAUCAGAAAGCGCUUCUAGUUCACAAUCUGAAUCAGAGAAAUCAGAAGCUGAAUCAAAAUCAGAAAGCGCUUCUAGUUCACAAUCUGAAUCGGAGAAAUCAGAAGCUCAAUCAAAAUCAGAAAGCGCUACUAGUUCGCAAUCUGAAUCGGAGAAAUCAGAAUCUGAAUCAAAAUCAGAAAGCGCUUCUAGUUCACAAUCUGAAUCAGAGAAAUCAGAAGCUGAAUCAAAAUCAGAAAGCGCUUCUAGUUUACAAUCUGAAUCGGAGAAAUCAGAAGCUGAAUCAAAAUCAGAAAGCGCUUCUAGUUUACAAUCUGAAUCGGAGAAAUCAGAAGCUGAAUCAAAAUCAGAAAGCGCUUCUAGUUCACAAUCUGAAUCAGAGAAAUCAGAAUCUGAAUCAAAAUCAGAAAGCGCUUCUAGUUCACAAUCUGAAUCGGAGAAAUCAGAAGCUGAAUCAAAAUCGGAAAGCGCUUCUAGUUCACAAUCUGAAUCGGAGAAAUCAGAAGCUCAAUCAAAAUCAGAAAGCGCUUCUAGUUCACAAUCUGAAUCGGUGAAAUCAGAAAGCGCUUCUAGUUCACAAUCUGAAUCGGAGAAAUCAGAAGCUGAAUCAAAAUCAGAAAGCGCUUCUAGUUCACAAUCCGAAUCAGAGAAAUCAGUAGCUCAAUCAAAAUCAGAAAGCGCUUCUAAUUCACAAUCUGAAUCUAAAUCAGAAAGUAUUUCUCGUUCAGAAUCUGAAUCUAAAUCUGAAAGUGCUUCUCGUUCAGAAUCUAACUCUGAAAGUGCUUCUCGUUCAGAAUCUGAAUCAAAAUCUCAAACCGCUUCAAGUACACAAUCAGAAAUUGAGAGACAACGAUCAGAAUCACAGUCCAGAUCCGAAUCUAGGGCACAAUCUGAAUUAGAGAAAUCUGAAAGUGAAAAGACAAUAUCAAAAUCCGAGAGUGCUUCUGAGUCCGAAUCGAAAUCUGCUAGUGCACAGUCAGAAAGUGAAAGGCGACGUUCAGAAUCAGAGUCUAAAUCAGAAAGCGCUUCUAGUUCCCAAUCUGAAUCAGAGAAAUCAGCAGCUGAAUCAACAUCAGAAAGCGCUUCUAGUUCUCAAUCUGAAUCAGCAGCUGAAUCUAAAUCAGAAAGUGAAUCGAGUGCACAGUCAGAAAGUGAAACACAACGCUCAGAAUCAGAGACCAGGUCUGAAUCCGUACAAUCUGUAUCAGAGAAAUCUGAAAGCGAAAAAACACUAUCCCAAUCUGAAUCCAGUGCUCAAACCGAAUCAGGGAAAUCACAAACCACUGAAUCACAGUCUGAGUCGAAAUCAGAAAGUGAAAGGCAACGAUCAGAGUCCAAGUCAGAAAGUGCGUCAAGAUCAGAAUCUGAAUCUAAUGAACAAUCUGAAUCAGAGAAAUUGGAAACAGAAAAGCGCCUUUCAGAAUCAGAAUCAGCUGCGAAAUCUGAGAGUGAAUCUAGAUCACAGUCUGAAAGCGAAAGACAACGUUCUGGGUCUAAAUCUGAAUCAAGUGCACGAUCUGAAUCAGAGAAAUCAGCAAGUGAAGAGUCACAUUCUGAGGCUGAAUCUCGCUCAAAAAGUGAAUCUAGUGCACAAACUGAAACAGAAACACAACGUUCAGAGACAGAGUCUAAAUCUAAAUCUAGUGAAGAAUCCAAAUCUUCAUCAAAAAGUGAAUCUAGUGCUCGAUCAGAGAGCGAGAAACAGCAUUCAGAGUCACAGUCUAAAUCAGAAAGCGCUUCUAGUGCCCAAUCUGAGAGUGAGAGACAGCAUUCAGAGUCACAGUCUGCAUCAGAAAGCGCUUCUAGUGCUCAAUCUGAGAGCGAGAAACAGCAUUCAGAGUCACAGUCUAAAUCAGAAAGCGCUUCUGGUGCUCAAUCAGAGAGUGAGAGACAGCAUUCAGAGUCACAGUCUAAAUCAGAAAGCGCUUCUGGUGCUCAAUCAGAGAGUGAGAGACAGCAUUCAGAGUCACAGUCUAAAUCAGAAAGCGCUUCUGGUGCUCAAUCAGAGAGUGAGAGACAGCAUUCAGAGUCACAGUCUAAAUCAGAAAGCGCUUCUGGUGCUCAAUCAGAGAGUGAGAGACAGCAUUCAGAGUCACAGUCUAAAUCAGAAAGCGCUUCUGGUGCUCAAUCAGAGAGUGAGAGACAGCAUUCAGAGUCACAGUCUAAAUCAGAAAGCGCUUCUAGUUCACAAUCGGAGAGUGUGAGACAGCAUUCAGAAUCACAGUCUAAAUCAGAAAGCGCUCUUAGUGCUCAAUUGGAGAGUGAGAAACAACGUUCAGAAUCAAAGUCUAGAUCUGAAUCUAGUCAAUCUGAAUCAAAAACUGAAAGGCGUCGUUCAGAAUCACAAUCGAAAUCAGAAAGUGCUUCUAUUUCACAGUCACAAUCAAGUGCCCAAUCAAAAUCAGAACUUGAAAGGUCAAGAUCUGAAAGUACUUCCAGUGCCCAGUCAGAAUCACAGCAGUCAGACCGAUCAGAAAGUGCUUCUAGAUCUGAAUCAGAACGAUCAGAAGCUGAAUCCAAAUCAGAGAGUGAAUCUAGCGCUCAAUCAGAUAUUGAUAGACAUCACUCAGAAUCAGAGUCUAAAUCCGAAUCCAGUGCUAAAUCUGAAUCAGAGAAAUCAGAAGCCGCGUCUAGGUCAGAGAGUAAAUCUAGUGCUCAAUUAGAGAAUGAAAGAAAACGUUCAGAAGCUGAAUCUAAAUCAGAAAGUACUUCCACUUCGCGAUCUGAAUCAGAGAAAUCAGAAAAUGAGAGGAAACGAUCUGAAACAGAGACCAAAUCAGAAAGUGCAUCAAGUUUGCAAUCUGAAUCAAAAUCAGAAAGACAAAGUCAUUCAGAAUCACAAAGUGCUGCUAGUUCUGAAUCAGCUAGUGAAAAAAAACGAUUAGAGGCUGAAUCUGAAUCCAGAAAACACUCGGAAUCCAGAACACAAUCUGAAUCAGAAAGCGCAUCAAGUUCGCAAACGGAAUCAGAGAUUGAAAGAAGACGAUCAGAAUCUGAAUCCAGAGUGCAAUCUGAAUCUAGAGCACAAUCUGAAUCCAGAGCACAAUCUGAAUCCAGAGCACAAUCUGAAUCCAGAGCACAAUCCGAAUCCAGAGCACAAUCUGAAUCUAGAGCGCAAUCUGAAUCUAGAGCGCAAUCUGAAUCCAGAGCACAAUCCGAAUCCAGAGCACAAUCUGAAUCUAGAGCACAAUCUGAAUCUAGAGCGCAAUCUGAAUCUAGAGCGCAAUCUGAAUCCAGAGCACAAUCUGAAUCAAGCCAAUCACAAAAUGCAUGGAAAACUAAUAAAGAAUCUACAAAUCUAACUGGCAAGCCUCAGCUUGGGCAGUCACAAGUUGCGCAACCAGUUUCACCACAAGUUGUACACCCGACUACACCACAAGUAGUACAACCAUUGCCUCAGCAACCUCAAAUUGUGUCGCCACAGAGACCUUUGCAACCACAAAUUGUACAACCAGUGCCAUCGCAACCAAUUCAACCCCAACGCCCGUUGCAACCUGGGCGCACACAGCGACCAAUCCCACCACAAAUUGUACAACCAGUUCAACCACCGCAACCUUUACAACAGAGACCUGUGUCUCCUCAGCAACCACAGCAACCAAUUUACCCAAAGCCCGUUAUUUCACAGCCAAUACAACCACAACAGCCAGUUGUUUCACAGCCUUUGCAACCACAACAACCAAUUCAACCACAGCCUGUUGUUUCACAGCCAAUUCAACCGCAACAGCCAGUUGUUUCACAACCUUUGCAACCACAACAACCAAUUCAACCACGACCUGUUGUUUCACAGCCAAUUCAACUACAACGGCCUAUUGUUUCACAACCUUUGCAACCUUCAAGCCAAUAUUCUCAGGGACAAACUUCGCAGUCUUCUUCACAAUCUUCUAGCGCUAGUCAAGCUUCUUCAUCAAGUCGCCAACAGAGUAGCUUUGAACAACAAAGACUUGGCCCACCUUUGCAACCACUACAACAACCUUUGCAACCAGGACAACUAAGACCAGGCCAGAGCCAGCCUUUGCAACGAGUACCGAGUGUAAGUCAACCAAUUCAGCCAGGACAAAGCCAACCUUUGCAACCAGGACAACCAUUGAGACCAGGCCAAAUCCAACAAUUACAAGCAGUGCAAGGUCAAAAUCAACCAUUGCAACCAGUUCAGCAAUUUAAACCAGCACAAAGCCAACCAUUGGCACCAGCCCAGCAACCAUUAUAUGGCCAAAGCCAGCCUUUGCGACCUGCACCAGGACAGAGACCAAUACAGCCGACACAGCAACCACGACCUGGCCAAAGUCAACCUUUACAGCCAGUACCUGGUCAAAGCCAACCUUUACAGCCAGUACCUGGUCAAAGUCAACCUUUACAGCCAGUACCUGGUCAAAGUCAACCUUUACAGCCAGUACCUGGUCAAAGCCAACCUUUACAGCCAGUACCUGGUCAAAGCCAACCUUUACAGCCAGUACCUGGUCAUAGUCAACCUUUACAGCCAGUAGCUGGUCAAAGCCAACCUUUGCAGCCAGUACCGGAUCAAAGCCAACCGUUGCAACCAAUUCAAAGUCAGCCCAGACCUAGCCAAAGUCACCCAGUAAUUCCUGUAGAACCUUCACCAAGUCAUUCAAAAGCAACACAAAGUAUUGAAAUUGAAAAGCAAAUAUCAAAAAGUCAUAGUCAAAGUCAAAGCAACUUUGAAUCUGAAUCUCUUAGACAAACAGAAUCACGAAGCGAAGCAGAGUCCAAGAGUGCCUCUGAAUCUACAAAUACUUCGGAAUCUAGAAGCGAAGCUAAGGAAGCAGAGUCACGAAGCGAAGUCGAAUCUAAGAGUGUUUCAGAAUCACAAAGCGAGGCCGAAUCUAAGAGCGAAGCGGAAUCUCGAAGCGAAACAGCCCAUAAGAGCGCCUCAGAAUCGCGAAGUGAGGCCGAAACACGAAGCGAGGCCGAGUCUCGAAAGAAAACAGCCUCAACGAGUGCUUCUGAAUCACGAAGCGAAGCUGAAUCUCGCAGGGAAACAGAGUCAAAGAGUUCUUCUGAAUCACGAAGCGAAGCUGAGUCUCGCAGGGUAGCUGAGUCGAAGAGUUCUUCUAAAUCACGAAGCGAAGUCGAAGCCCGAAGCGAAGUCGAAGCCCGAAGCGAAGCCGAAGCACGAAGCGAAGCUGAGUCUCGAAGGGAAGCAGUCUCUUCGAGUACCUCUGAAUCACGAAGCGAAGCUGAGUCUCGCAGGGAAGCUGAGACAAAGAGUUCUUCAGAAUCACGAAGCGAAGUAGAAACCCGAAGCGAAGCCGAAGCACGAAGCGAAACUGAAUCUCGAAGGGAAUCAGCCUCUAGAAGUUCCUCUGAAUCUCAAAGCGAGGUAGAAGCACGACGCGAAGCUGAGUCUCGAAGGGAAGCAGAGUCAAAGAGUGCGUCUGAAUCACAAAGCGAAGGAGAGUCUCGAAGUGCCUCUGAAUCACGAAGCCAGGCCGAGUCACGAAGAGAGGCCGAGUCACGAAGCGAAGCUGAGUCUCGAAGGGAAGCAGCCUCUUCGAGUACUUCUGAAUCACGAAGCGAAGCUGAGUCUUGCAGUGAAGCUGAGGCAAAGAAUUCUUCAGAAUCACGAAGCAAAGCCGAAGCCCGAAGCGAAGCCGAAGCACGAAGCGAAGCUGAGUCUCGAAGGGAAGAAGCCUCUUCGAGUACCUCUGAAUCACGUAGCGAAGCUGAGUCUCGCAGGGAAGCUGAGUCAAAGAGUUCUUCCGAAUCACGAAGCGAAGCAGAGUCUCGCAGGGAAGCUGAGACAAAGAGUUCUUCAGAAUCACGAAGCGAAGCUGAAUCUCAAAGGAAAGAAGCCUCUUCGAGUACCUCUGAAUCACGAAGCGAAGCUGAGUCUCGCAGGGAAGCUGAGUCAAAUAGUUCUUCCGAAUCACGAAGCGAAGCUCAGUCCCGCAGGGUAGCUGAGUCGAAGAGUUCUUCAAAAUCACGAAGCGAAGCUGAAGCCCGAAGCGAAGCUGAGUCUCGCAGGGAAGCUGAGUCAAAGAGUUCUUCAGAAUCACGAAGCGAAGCAGAGUCUCGCAGGGUAGCUGAGUCAAAGAGUUCUUCAGAAUCACGAAGCGAAGCUGAAGCCCGAAGCGAAGCCGAAGCACGAAGCGAAGCUGAGUCUCGAAGCACAGCUGAAUCUCGAAGGGAGGCAGCCUCUAGAAGUUCCUCUGAAUCUCAAAGCGAGGCAGAAGCACGACGCGAAGCUGAGUCUCGAAAGGAAGCAACCUCCAAGAGUGCCUCUGAAUCACGAAGCGAAGCUGAGUCUCGAAAGGAAGCAGCCUCUUCGAGGACCUCUGAAACACGAAGCGAAGCUGAGUCUCGCAGGGAAGCUGAGUCAAAGAGUUCUUCAGAAUCACGAAGCAAAGCCGAAACCGAAGCACGAAGCGAAGCUGAGUCUCGAAGGGAAGAAGCCUCUUCGAGUACCUCUGAAUCACGAAGCGAAGCAGAGUCUCGCAGGGUAGCUGAGUCAAAGAGUUCUUCAGAAUCACGAAGCGAAGCCGAAGCACGAAGCGAAGCUGAGUCUCGAAGGGAAGAAGCCUCUUCGAGUACCUCUGAAUCACGAAGCGAAGCUGAGUCUCGCAGGGAAGCUGAGUCAAAGAGUUCUUCAGAAUCACGAAGCAAAGCCGAAGCCCGAAGCGAAGCCGAAGCACGAAGCGAAGCUGAGUCAAAGAGUGCCUCUGAAUCACGAAGCGAAGCAGAGUCUCAAAGGGAAGCAGCCUCUUCGAGUACCUCUGAAUCACGAAGCGAAGCUGAGUCUCGCAGGGAAGCUGAGUCAAAGAGUUCUUCAGAAUCACGAAGCAAAGCCGAAACCGAAGCACGAAGCGAAGCUGAGUCUCGAAGGGAAGAAGCCUCUUCGAGUACCUCUGAAUCACGAAGCGAAGCUGAGUCUCGCAGGGAAGCUGAGUUAAAGAGUUCUUCCGAAUCACGAAGCGAAGCAGAGUCUCGCAGGGUAGUUGAGUCGAAGAGUUCUUCAGAAUCACGAAGCGAAGCUGAAGCCCGAAGCGAAGCAGAAGCACGAAGCGAAGCUGAGUCUCGCAGGGUAGCUGAGUCGAAGAGUUCUUCAAAAUCACGAAGCGAAGCUGAAGCCCGAAGCGAAGCUGAGUCUCGAAGGGAAGCGGCCUCUUCGAGUACCUCUGAAUCACGAAGCGAAGCUGAGUCUCAUAGGGAAGCUGAGUCAAAGGGUUCUUCAGAAUCACGAAGCGAAGCCGAAGCCCGAAGCGAAGCCGAAGCACGAAGCGAAGCUGAGUCUCGAACGGAAGCUGAGUCAAAGAGUUCUUCCGAAUCACGAAGCGAAGCUGAGUCUCGCAGGGUAGCUGAGUCUCUAAGGGAAGCAGCCUCCAAGAGUGCCUCUGAAUCACGAAGCGAAGCUGAGUCUCGUAGGGAAGCUGGGUCAAAGAGUUCUUCCGAAUCACGAAGCGAAGCAGAGUCUCGCAGGGUAGCUGAGUCAAAGAGUUCUUCAGAAUCACGAAGCGAAGCUGAAGCCCGAAGUGAAGCUGAAGCACGAAGCGGAGCAGAAGCACGAAGCGAAGCUGAGUCUCGCAGGGUAGCUGAGUCGAAGAGUUCUUCAAAAUCACGAAGCGAAGCUGAAGCCCGAAGCGAAGCUGAGUCUCGAAGGGAAGCGGCCUCUUCGAGUACCUCUGAAUCACGAAGCGAAGCUGAGUCUCGAAGGGAAGCUGAGUCAAAGAGUUCUUCCGAAUCACGAAGCGAAGCUGAGUCUCGCAGGGUAGCUGAGUCGAAGAGUUCUUCAAAAUCACGAAGCGAAGCUGAAGCCCGAAGCGAAGCUGAGUCUCGAAGGGAAGCAGCCUCCAAGAGUGCCUCUGAAUCACGAAGCGAAGCUGAGUCUCGCAGGGUAGCUGAGUCAAAGAGUUCUUCAGAAUCACUAAGCGAAGCUGAAGCCCGAAGUGAAGCCGAAGCACGAAGCGAAGCUGAGUCUCACAGAGAAGCUGAGUCAAAGAGUUCUUCCGAAUCACAAAGCGAAGCUGAGUCUCGCAGGGUAGCUGAGUCGAAGAGUUCUUCAAAAUCACGAAGCGAAGCUGAAUCACGAAGCGAAGCUGAGUCUCAUAGGGAAGCUGAGUCAAAGGGUUCUUCAGAAUCACGAAGCGAAGCCGAAGCCCGAAGCGAAGCCGAAGCACGAAGCGAAGCUGAGUCUCGUAGGGAAGCUGAGUCAAAGAGUUCUUCCGAAUCACGAAGCGAAGCUGAGUCUCGCAGUGAAGCAGCCUCCAAGAGUGCCUCUAAAUCACGAAGCGAAGCUGAGUCUCGCAGGGCAGCUGGGUCAAAGAGUACUUCCGAAUCACGAAGCUUAGCUGAAUCUAAGAGCGAAGAGGAAACUCGAAGCGAAACAGCCUCCAAGAGCGCCUCAGAGUCACAAAGCGAAGCCGAAGCUCGAAGCGAAGCUGAGUCUCGAAGGGAAGCAGCCUCCAAGAGUGCCUCUGAAUCACGAAGCGAAGCUGAGUCUCGCAGGGAAGCUGAGUCAAAGAGUUCUUCAGAAUCACGAAGCAAAGCCGAAGCCCGAAACGAAGCCGAAGCACGAAGCGAAGCUGAGUCUCGAAGGGAAGAAGCCUCUUCGAAUACCUCUGAAUCACGAAGCGAAGCUGAGUCUCGCGGGGAAGCUGAGUCAAAGAGUUCUUCCGAAUCACGAAGCGAAGCCGAAGCCCGAAACGAAGCCGAAGCACGAAGCGAAGCUGAGUCUCGAAGGGAAGAAGCCUCUUCGAAUACCUCUGAGUCACGAAGCGAAGCUGAGUCUCGCGGGGAAGCUGAGUCAAAGAGUUCUUCCGAAUCACGAAGCGAAGCUGAGUCUCGCAGGGUAGCCGAGUCGAAGAGUUCUUCAAAAUCACGAAGCGAAGCUGAAGCCCGAAGCGAAGCUGAGUCUCGAAGAGAAGCAGCCUCUUCGAGUACCUCUGAAUCACGAAGCGAAGCUGAGUCUCGCAGGGAAGCUGAGUCAAAGAGUUCUUCAGAAUCACGAAGCAAAGCCGAAGCCCGAAGCGAAGCCGAAGCACGAAGCGAAGCUGAGUCUCAAAGGGAAGAAGCCUCUUCGAGUACCUCUGAAUCACGAAGCGAAGCUGAGUCUCGCAGGGAAGCUGAGUCAAAGAGUUCUUCCGAAUCACGAAGCGAAGCUGAGUCUCGCAGGGUAGCUGAGUCGAAGAGUUCUUCAAAAUCACGAAGCGAAGCUGAAGCCCGAAGCGAAGCUGAGUCUCGAAAAGAAGCAGCCUCUUCGAGUACUUCUGAAUCACGAAGCGAAGCCGAAGCCCGAAGUGAAGCUGAAGUACGAAGCGAAGCUGAGUCUCGAAGGGAAGAAGCCUCUUCGAGUACCUCUGAAUCACGAAGCGAAGCUGAGUCUCGCAGAGAAGCUGAGUCAAAGAGUUCUUCCGAAUCACAAAGCGAAGCUGAGUCUCGCAGGGUAGCUGAGUCGAAGAGUUCUUCAAAAUCACGAAGCGAAGCUGAAGCCCGAAGCGAAGCUGAGACUCGAAGGGAAGCAGCCUCUGGAAGUUCUUCGGAAUCACAAAGCGUGGCCGAAUCUAAGAGCGAAAAGGAAACUCGAAGCGAAGCAGCCUCCAAGAGCGCCUCAGGAUCACAAAACGAAGCCGAAGCUCGAAGCGAAGCUGAGUCUCAAAGGGAAGCAGCCUCCAAGAGUGCCUCUGAAUCACGAAGCGAAGCUGAGUCUCGCAGGACAGCUGGGUCAAAGAGUUCUUCCGAAUCACGAAGCUUAGCUGAAUCUAAGAGCGAAGAGGAAACUCGAAGCGAAACAGCUUCCAAAAGCGCCUCAGAGUCACAAAGCGAAGCCGAAGCUCGAAGCGAAGCUGAGUCUCAAAGGGAAGCAGCCUCCAAGAGUGCCUCUGAAUCACGAAGCGAAGGCGAGUCUACGAGUGCCUCUGAAUCGCGAAGUGAAACCGAAUCACGAAGCGAGGCCAAAUCACGAAGCGAAGCUGAGUCUCGCAGGGAAGCAGCCUCUAAGAGUGCUUCAGAGUCUCGAAGCGAGGUCGAAUCUAAGAGCGAAGCGAAAGCUCAUAGCAAGGCAGCUUCUACAAGUGCCUCUGCAUCACGAAGCGAAGCUGAAUCUCGAAGAGAAGCAGAGACAAAGCGUGACUCAGUAUCACGAAGCGAAGGCGAGUCUACGAGUGCCUCUGAAUCGCGAAGUGAAGCCGAAUCACGAAGCGAAGCUGAAUCUCGAAGUGAAGCAGCCUCUAGAAGUUCCUCUGAUUCUCAAAGCGGGGCAGUAGCACGAAGUGAAGCUGAGUCUCGAAGGGAAGCAGCCUCCAAGAGUGCCUCUGAAUCGCGAAGUGAAGCCGAAUCACGAAGCGAAGCCAAAUCACAAAGCGAAGCUAAGUCUCGCGGGGAAACAGCCUCUAAGAGUGCUUCAGAGUCUCGAAGCAAGGCCGAAUCUAAGAGCGAAGCGAAAUCUUCUAGCGAGGCAGCUUCUACGAGUGCCUCUGUAUCACGAAGCGAAGCUGAAUCUCGAAGAGAAGCAGAGUCAAAGAGUGCCUCUGAAUCGCGAAGCGAAGCUGAAUCACGACGCGAGGACGUAUCACGAACCGAAGCUGAGUCUCGACGGGAAGCAGCCUCUACGAGUGCCUCUGAAUCACAAAGCGAAGCUGAGUCUCGAAAAGAAGCAGCCUCUACGAGUAUCUCUGAAUCACGAAGCGAGGCUGAAGCACGAAGCGAAGCUAAGUCUCGAAAGGACGAAGCUUCUAAGACAUCUUCAGAGUCGCGAAGAGAGGCCGAAUCUAAGAGCGAAGCGAAAUCUCAUAGCGAGGCAGCUUCUACGAGUGCCUCUGCAUCACGAAGCGAAGCUGAUUACCGAAGAGAAGCCGAAUCACGAAGCGAAGCCGAAUCACGAAGCGAAGCUGAGUCCCACAAUGAAAUACAAAGUAUCACUACACCACCGACCAAACCAGGAGUGGGAGGCAAAUUGGCUAUUCAGCAAGGAAAACGAGAAAUCAUGCACGCUUUAGAAACCAACAUGAAUUUGAAGAUCCUGAUUUUACCGAACGGGCCCAAGCAGAAGAACUGCUUCUGCACCUGUCAAAGUGACAGCGCGCCAAAACUUGUGCCAAUGAAGGACUUGCCAGCCGAAAUAACUACCACCUAGUCCUGUACAUCGAGUAAAAUAAAAAGUUAAAAAGAAAAUAAAAAAAAUAUGAUGUGUUUUGGUCAGAAUUAAUUUAAAAAAAAAAACAUAUCAUAAAAUGUUUAUAAAUAUUAUAUUUAAUAUAGUAUGUACCUAUGUAAUUUGAUGAUGGACCGAGAUUUAUGAAAUUUGGUCCAGACAUAGAAUUGACCCUGAAGUAGAAUAUGACUAUUUUUCUGGAAAAUCCCACGGGAGCGAAGCCCCGCGCACAAACUAGUGAUUAAUAAUCUGUAAAAAUUUUAUAUUGUUUAUCCUUACACCAACUAAUAUUAUAAAAUGGAAAGUAAGUUUGUAUACAUACCUUCUGAUUUUUUACCUUACACAUUAUAUAUACGUUGCAGUACUUGUACGCCUAUGUUUUUUUCCUUUAUUUUUUUUUAUUAUUAAUAUGUAUUCUUCCCUAAUAUUACAUUUUACGUGCAUUAUGUUUAAAUUAAAUAAAAUAAUAUUAUAUUAUUACAAAGUCUAAACGAAAACAAAAAAGAUUCUGUAUCUGUAGAAUUCAGAUAUGUAUACGGAAUCGCGGCAAAAGUUACAAGCGUAAUAGAAUAUAGUAUUCAUGUAUUUAUAUGUAACUAUAAUAUAUUACCUAAAUACUAUGUUUUGGGUACACAAUAAAUACUAGAUAGAUAAGA